AUGGCGUCUUCAGCGGUAAUACGGCCCCCAGCUCCCGACCUCACGGGUGAUGGGUGCAAACGUGUUGGCAGCAGGAGGGAUCAGCAUGCGUCGGACUGCGUUCGGCUGCAGCCUGUGGAAGACAGCACAUCGUGCAGUGUUACAUUUCUCAUCAAUCUGCCUUGGGGCGGCACGGUGGCGUAUUCCAUGCCGCUGAAGGAGCUGCCUCUCCUCGCGGCUGACGAGGUACCUUCGCUGGCCAUGCCUCCUAGCGGGCAGGGCGCAUCGCCGUUAUCAAGACUGCAUGCGUCCACCAAGCUUGAAGUGUCUUCGGCUGGCCUCUAUCUCCCAGGCUCCUUCCUUAUUUCCCUAGCAGCGGCGCGUGCAGGGUUGCCGACAGCUUCCGCUUCGCAGCAGCGGUUGGUGCUGCAGAAGCGGGAGGUGUGCCACACCACCUUUGUACCUCUUGAAACGGUUAUAGGGACUGCUGCUGCUGCUGCAGUGGCGGCUUCCAAGGGCCUUGCCCUCCGAGCAGCUGCAAUAAACUCCCUGGAAAGGGGAUGCGGCGCUCCUCUGUGUUCGCUAUGGCUUCUCCUGAGGCUCCCGGGUGGGAAGGGUGGUUUUGGUGCGCUUCUGAAGAAGCAGCGAAGAAAGAAACGCGCCAAUUUCUCUAUUGACGCAUGCAGAGAUCUCACUGGAAGGAGAAUCCGACAGGCCCAAGUGGUAGAUCGCAUAAAGGCAUGGAUGGAAAAGAAACGGAAGGAAGAUGCUUUAGUCGCUGUGCUGACGCAAGAAACGCAAGAAGUAAAGGUACCGGAAGCGAAACCAACUGUCUCCUUGGACGCCGCUUUUCUUUCACAGCAGAUCGCUCAAGUUGCGGAGAUGCCCGACGUCGUUGCUCAUGGCCUUCAACGGCAGAGCGCUCUAAGGUGUGUUUGUGUUCGUGUGAGGGAGAUGGACGCAGAAAAGCGCAUUCGGGCGGCUGUGCCGCAGAAUCGCGUUCUUUUCGCUCAGCUGCGUGAUGCUGUCGAGCUUGAUAGCGAAGAUGACCAGUGGUCGGAUACGGAUGCAGAAGAGAAGCUUUUUGGUGGCGAGCAAGAUAUUAGGGGGAGCGGCAGUUUUCCCAUCAGUGGUGGUAACACUGGCACUGAAGACGCUGGAAACAGCAGCAGCAAGAAGUGUUCUUCGCAGAGUCCAAACUCGGGUGCCUCUGCUGUGGAGCUUAUGCGGCAGCUAGAGCAAAUGCGCCUGAAGGCGUCGGCAGCUCGGGAGGCAGAAGGGCAGCAACAAGCAGCAGCUAAGGCAGAAGCAGCUAAGGCAGCAGCAGAAAAAGUGGCACGAGAGGCAGAGCAACUGGACGUGCGCCGCUUCAACACCGUCGAGGAGCUGACCAAGGCCGUGGAUGCUGAAGUAGUUAAGGAAAAGCUCCGGCAAUUGGGUUGGAAGUGCGGUGGAAGACCAGAGGAGAGGGCCGCUCGCCUGCUCCAACUAAAAACAGUGGAUAUGGCCAAUGUGCCCAAAGCGUUGCUGUCUAGACAGCCGGUUCGGAUGGCUUGA